AUGGGAGACGGCCAACUGGCCCAGUUCGGUCACCCACAGGGCCUGAUGACAACCAUGGACCGCAUGCCGGCAUCCAGGGCGCCGCUGAUGGCACCGCCUUUGCCGCAGACGCCGCAACCCUUGCUCGACUCAGAUCCAGCCGACGGCCCAGUGUCCGUCGCCUUUGGGUUGAAGAAGGAGCUGGUGGAGAUAAGAGCCAAGUAUCCUGCACCUGGGACGUUCCAGUACCUCAGCCGGCAGGCGGCCAAAGCGCGGGAGGGGGAGAUGACGCGCGAGUGCCACCCGUCCGCUGAGUCCGACGUCUGCGGUUGGGUCAUGGCCACCAGCGACCCAAACGGCUCCUACGGAGGCCGCCAUCCAGACAACGAAAUCUCUGCCGAGAGGACGAACUUGCAUUUCGACAACUUCAGGCUCAUCUACCAGUGCGUCUCCGGCACGGCACUGCUGCACUGGGCCUCGGUGGAGGACUUCAAGGCGGGCAUCUUCGGCGCCCGGCGCGCCCCGCGGCCCAUCGCCUGGUGGGACCUGCGCAAGGCGUACGACGUGGUGGUCCAGCUCGGGGAUCCCAGCUUCGAUAUGGCGGCCGCGCAGUUCACGAUCUUGAUGCACGGUGGAAACCUGGGCUUCGCUGUGGAGGGCGACGAGGACGUGCCUGUUUGGUACAACGCAGUGCGAUCCGUCAUCCGGGACUGCGCCUGGCACGAGGCAACGCGAUCCGACACCCCGGAGAGAAGGAGGAGGAGGUGGGCCGCCGCGAAGGGUGUGGCCUCGGCUUUGCUGGACGACCGCAACCUGGCCUCCCGUGCCAUGGCCAUCCUUUUCCACUGCUACGACACGGACAUGGAUUGCAACAUCCGCUUGGGCGAGGCCAUGCUCCUCAUUGUGGAGCUCUACGCCGGCCUGCUCCACGCCGGGGGAACGGCCGAGGGUUCGACGAUGGAAGUGGCCAUGCAGUCCGCCCAGUCCCGAUUGCCACCUGACGUGCGCUUCGAGAAGGCGCUGCGCUUCCGGAGGCGCUGCGAUCAGAGCAACGACGGCAACAUCAGCAAGGACGAGUUCGUCCAAUUUGGCCAGUUCGCACUUUUGGAGGCGCUGGAGCUCUGA